CGGGCAAGCCGGGGACGCGGCCUGGGACCGGAAGUGGGCUUUGCUCGCGUGCCAUCCGUUGCCUCCCGCUCGCGCCCCGCUUCGCCGCCAUGGCUGAGUUCGACCUGUUCAGCGCGCCGCUCGCCCCGCAGCCUCCCGCCCCCGGCUUGGGGGGCGACGGCCCCGGUCUGGGCAACGGGCCGCUGGGCGCCGCCGAGGAAGACCCGGCCGCCGCCUUCCUGGCGCAGCAGGAGAACGAGAUCGCGGGCAUCGAGAACGACGAGGGCUACAGCGUCCUGGAGAAUGGCGACGUGCCCACCGGCCUGCAGGGCCCCGACGGGCCCGGCCCAGAUGCAGUUGAGGGAGUGUUGAAUGGUGAACUCUACCAGGAGAGCAAUGGUCCAACAGAUUGCUAUGCUGCCAUAUCGCAAGUAGAUCGACUGCAGUCAGAACCAGAGAGCAUCCGUAAAUGGAGGGAGGAACAAAAAGAACGUCUAGAGCAGCUUGAUGCUAACUCUAGGAAGCAGGAAGCAGAAUGGAAAGAGAAGGCAAUAAAGGAGCUGGAGGAAUGGUAUGCAAGGCAAGAUGAACAGCUACAGAAAACAAAAGCCAACAACAGGGUGGCAGAUGAAGCUUUCUACAAACAGCCCUUCGCUGAUGUGAUUGGUUAUGUGGCAGCUGAAGAAGCCUUUGUGAAUGAUGCAGAAGACACUUCUCCAGGCACGGAGUGGGAGCGUGUGGCUCGACUCUGUGACUUUAACCCCAAGUCUAGUAAGCAGGCAAAAGAUGUGUCCCGUAUGCGCUCAGUCCUCAUUUCGCUUAAGCAGGCUCCACUGGUUCAUUGAAGGAAAAGCACAAUGGAAACACUACAAAUGCAAUAUCUUAACCUUACUCAGAGAAACUGUGUUUGCAGUAAUUGGAUUAAUUAUGUUUAAAUGUUUCUUUUUGUUUUUGUUUUGGACCAAACCUCAUGAUGUAUCUAGAGUUGAUCAUUGUUUGUGAUUGCAUGUUCUUCCUCAUCUGUUUCCUUCCUGUAUCUGAAUUGGGAAGAGGAAACCUCCAGAAUUGUAGUCUCUCUGUACUUCUGUGCAUUGAGAUCUCAUUAUCAACUGUACUGAUAUUAAAGGUCUGUUAAAGAG